CUGGUGUCCAAGUUAAAGAGAGAGUGCCAUACAUAGUAGGCUAAGCAAAUGAGCGAACACCCAGUGAGAGUGGCAGAAUGCCUACUUCAAAGCAUUUUGAUGAGCCAAAAUGACAAGUUCAGAGUGCCAGUGCUGCACAGGUAAACUGGGAAAGCCUGUAUUCAUAGCAAUCGUUAGAUUCUUUUCUUUUGGAUCCAGCAAUUGCAUGUGCUGUAGAGAAUGUUAGCCCUGUCUUUAGGAACCUGAACUUUUGGUCUAAAGUGGAAUGUUUUCUGCUAGAUAGGCAUUCAUUUGUGGUAUAAAUUGCUUGGUGGAGUAACUUAAUUUGAGAACCUUAGAAUCCCACUUGGUAUGAAACUAUUUAAACCCAAAAAAGUAUUUCCAUCGAUCACCUCUUUCCCGUCCAAACUGUUUAAAUCCAAUAGUAGUGCAUACCAUGUCGAUGCCCAAAUGAUCAAAACUGGCUUUGAUCUCCAAACUUACUACUCCAACCGCCUAGUCGAAUCUCUUCUUGACGAGGGGCAACUCUUGAGAGCACGUCAGUUGUUCGAUGAAAUGCCUCUUAAGAAUACCUUCACUGCUAACCGCAUGAUCUCUGGCUAUGCUAAGUGUGGAUACCUCGAUGAGGCACGUCACCUGUUUGAUCGCACGGCGGAUCGCACUGCAGUCACAUGGACCAUCAUGAUUGGUGCCUACUCCCAGGCCACCCAACAUCAGGAUGCCUUCGACCUCUUCCGGUCCAUGUUGAGAUCAGGAAUCAGGCCUGAUCAUGUUGCAAUAGUUGCACUGCUAAGUUCUUGCGGUUCUCCCGAUGCAUCAGGUUGGGUUGUUCAGGUUCAUGCCCAUGUUGUCAAGUGUGGAUUCGGUGAUAGAGUUAUGGUGUGCAACACCUUGGUGGACUCGUACUGCAAGUGUGGUCUUGUUCGAUUAGGUAGAAGAGUAUUUGAUGAGAUGCAUGAAAGGGAUUCUGUCACUUUUAAUGCUAUGGUGAUGGGUUACUCGAAAGAAGGAUUGUAUUAUGAGGCACUGGAGCUGUUCAUCAUGAUGCGGAACUUGUCAGUCAAGCCAUCACAAUUUACGUUCUCUGGCAUUCUAACUGCUGCUACCGGCUUGUGCAAUUUUGGUCUUGGCCGACAGGUCCAUAGUCUUGUCACCAAAACAAAUUUUGGUUGGGAUGUCUUUGCAUGCAACUCAUUGCUGGACUUCUACUCAAAAUGUGAUAGCUUGACUGAAGCCAAGGCACUUUUUGAUGAGAUGGCAGAGAGGGACAAUGUUUCUUACAAUGUAAUGAUAUCUGGCUACGCCUGGAAUGGACAGACUGAAGAAUUAAUGAAGCUCUUUAAAGAGAUGCAAUUCUGUGGCUUUGAUAGGAGACGAUUUCCUUUUCCUAGUCUUCUAAGUUUUGCUGGAGCUCUCCCUGAUCUUGUGAUGGGGAGACAAAUCCAUGCCCAAAUAAUUCUCACAGAGUCUUCAUCUGAUGAUCUCAUGUGCAAUGCCCUUAUUGACAUGUACUCAAAAUGUGGUCUUCUCGAGACGGCAGAGAUGAUUUUUAGGAAAAAAAUUAAUAGGAACAUCGUGUCAUGGACGGCAAUGAUCUCAGGUUACAUAGAGAAUGCUCUCUAUGAAGAAGCGUUGAGCCUAUUCUGUGAGAUGAGGAGAUCUGGCUUGAACCCAGAUAGAGCUACAUUUUCUAGUAUCUUAAGGGCUUCGGCUAGUCUGGCUCUACUUUCAAUGGGAAAGCAGUUGCAUUCUUAUUUAAUCAGAUGUGGUUGCAUUCCUAAUGUUUUCUCAGGAAGUGCGCUUCUCGACAUGUAUGCAAAAUGUGGAUGCUUUGUUGAGACUCAAAAGACAUUUGAUGAGAUGCCAGAUAAGAACAUCGUCUCAUGGAAUGCAAUGAUGUCUGCUUAUGCACAAAACGGGCAGGGGACUAAGGCUAUCAAACUAUUUGAAGACAUGCUCCGACAGGAUGUCAAACCAGAUGCUAUCACCAUUCUCGGUGUUCUUUCUGCUUGUAAUCACAGUGGCCUUGUGGAAGAAGGGCUGCAAUAUUUUGAUUCGAUGACAGAAUUAUAUGGACUGAAACCAAGGAAGGAACAUUAUGCUUGCAUCAUAGAUUUGAUGGGUCGAGUCGGGCGUUUUGAUGAGGUGGAAAGGCUACUUGAUCAGAUGCCUUUCGAGGCUGAUCAGAUUAUAUGGAACUCAAUUCUAAAUUCAUGUAGGAUACAUGGGAACCAAGAAUUGGCACGACGGGCAGCUGACAAACUUUUCUGCAUGGAGCUAAAGGAUGCUUCUCCUUUUGUCAUCAUGUCAAACGUCUAUGCUAAAGCUGGCCAAUGGGAUGAUGCUGCCAAGGUUAAGAAGAUGAUGAGGGACCGUGGCGUGAGGAAGGAACCAGCUUAUAGCUGGGUUGAGAUUAAGCAAAAGAUCUACACAUUUUCUUCUGAUGACAAGAUGAAUCCUCAGAUAAAUGAAAUUAGAGCUCUGCUAGAGAAGUUGAGUGAGGAGAUGGAUAAGGAAGGUGACAAGUCUGAUUCCAGGUGUGCACUUCAUUUGGUGGAUGAGAUCAAAAUUGAAUCAUUGAGGUACCACGGUGAAAGGCUAGCCAUUGCAUUUGCUUUACUAAAUACACCACCAGGAACACCUAAACUGGUGAUGAAGAACCUGAGGGCAUGCACGGAUUGCCAUGCUGCAAUUAAGGUUAUAACCAAAAUUGUAGGGAGGGAGGUAACAGUAAGGGAUUCGAGUAGGUUUCAUCUUAAGGAUGGAUUGUGCUCUUGUGGAGAUUACUGGUAGGUCAGUGAUGAACAAGUACACACGAAGGAGAAACCAAAUAGCAUUGUGAAAAUGUUGGAAGGUAAACUCUAUCAUAUCCUUCACUGAUUCACUUUUGAGAUGCAGAAAAAUAGUAGAUGUUCUCAGAUUCAUGCCUAUAAUGCAUUGUGAGACGUGUCAUGUUUCAAGAUGAUUGCUAUCUUUUGAUCAACCAUAUCAGAAAUUUUGUUCAAUAUUUGCUAACACAUUGCAGUAAAUUGUGAUUUAUGAUU